AUGGCAACUCUCCGAAAAACUAGAAAACCCAAAACUAAUAGCUUUACCUCCAUUUUGGAUCAGAUCCUCAAUAAAUAUAACCUAUUGGCUGAAUCAAACCCGCUUCAAUUACAUGCUCAUGCUGAUGAGCUUGGUACUAUGCUACCAGAUUGGAAGGCUCGUAAAGAUGAAAGAGCUCAAUAUUGUGCAAAAACUGAAGAUGUGUGGGAUAUUUGGUUACAUGCUUUAGAUUUAAUCAAGACAAAAAAUGAUAGUGAUGAAGAAAUUGUCACAUCCAGCUCACAUCUUACAUUAUUUCAUAAGGAAUUGAAAGAAGCUAGA